CGGAAAUGUUGCUGUUAAUGAGUGAGAGAAAGUCGUGUAUUAGUAUCAGCUCGCAAGAACUAAAAUUAAAAAAAUUGAAACAGGAACGAAUUGGCAGCCACAGUGGCUGUGAAAAGACUACCCGUACAUAUACGGAACACCCACUUUGAAAUACUUACAAAAUAUGGAAUUUACAAUAUGCCUACGAUCAUUUUUGCGUAAUUAUUUUAAUCAACACAAGGGGAGUGAGAUUAUAACUCUGGUCUGGACCUGUCUGGAUGUCGAUACGGCUGAUGUCACUGGUGCUUGACUGCUGGGAUUAUUAUCAAUUAAAACUGUGAGGAGAGAAACAAUAUCCGGUCCCCCCCCCCCCCAUUUGUUUUCUGUCACAAGUUGCAUGAGUGUGAUUUUAUAAUACUCAAAUUUGUAUACAAGGCAACGGGAUUCUGUAAACCUGUACAGCUUUAGUUUAGCAGAAGAGUGUUGACGUUCUCACAUUGAGGAAGUGGGAUGUGGCCAGACUGUAUUUAUUUGUGUUGCUGUUUGGGUUGCCAGAAUAAUUCAUAUGGUACUAUAGGACCUUGCAACAUAGUAUUAUUAAGAUAUAGACUUGGUAUCUGAUGGUUGCAAGUUAAUUAUUACCAGGCAGAAUGAACGCUUCUGGUUAUCUUAUGACUCGAGCUGCGGUUGCCUCGUAGGAUAUUUAAAAAAAAAAAAAAAAAAAAAAAAAAAAAGGUAUUUAACUAAGCAUUUGCUAGGUUUGAAGCAACGUAGCCUCCGCCUCAUCACCAGCCUUCAAAAAUGACAACUCAACACCAGAUAGUGGACUCGUCUCUCACACUGGGACAAAAUCAAAUCGGCAGUUGUGACAGCGAUAGUUCUGCAUCAGAAAAGGAAAAGAGGAAAAGCCAGGAUGGAUCACAGAAGCUUCUGAAUGGAUGUGUGCCACUUUCCCAUCAGGUGGCUGGUCAUAAGUAUGGAGUAGAUAAAGUAGGUAUUUUACAGCACCCGGAUGGCACUGUUUUGAAGCAGCUUCAGCCCCCUCCUCGUGGUCCCAGGGAGUUACAGUUCUACAGCAUGGUGUAUGAUGAACACUGCUGUGACCCUGUCCUGUUAGACCUCCAGAUGUAUUUGCCAAAGUACUAUGGCACCUGGACACCAGCUGAUGCGCCGAACGAUCUGUACCUUAAAUUGGAUGAUGUGACCCGCAAGUUUAACAAGCCGUGUAUAAUGGAUGUAAAAAUAGGCCAGAAAAGUUACGAUCCCUAUGCCUUGAAGGAGAAGAAAGACCAGCAAAUCAAGAAGUACCCCUUGAUGGAAGAGAUUGGCUUCCUAGUACUUGGAAUGAGGAUAUAUCAAGUGAACACUGACAGCUAUGAGACCCAUGACCAGCAUUAUGGAAGAGGCUUGAUAAAAGAAACGAUAAAGGAUGGUUUAACCAAAUUCUUCUUUAAUGGAAACAGCAUCCGUAAAGAUGCCAUCGCAGCCGGCAUUCAGAAGGUCCAGAAGAUCCUGCAGUGGUUUGAGAGCCAGAGCCAGUUCCAUUUUUAUGCAAGUUCCCUGCUGUUUGUAUAUGAGGGCUUGCCUCAGCAAACAGCUCAGACAAAGCGGAAGGGCAGUCUGGCAGAUGUGAGUGCCGCUCCCAAAGGCUGUCCCACAGACGGAGACGUGCUGGAGUACAACAAUAAUGUCUGCUUGAUCGGCUCCAUGGAGAACGGGAGGACGAUGGCUUCGCUUGGCCAGAGCCUCUCCAACAUGUACGCGCUCCACAAGAAAGGCUGUUCCAAGGGACAUCACAAUGACGCCCCCCUGGAAAUCGAAACCAGCGAGCAGGAUAACAGCUUAUGGAAAUGCACUACUCCGCCAAAUGGUAAUGAUAACAAACCCCAACUGGAAAAGGAAAGCCAUCAUAUGCCAGCUGUCAUGCAGAGAACAAAUGAGGUAGAAGUUAGAAUGAUUGACUUUGCUCAUGUUUUUCCCAGUAACACCAAGGACGAAGGGUAUGUCUACGGGCUCAAAAAUUUACUGAGUGUGCUGCAGCAAAUCCUAAAUCCUAAUUAAACCUCUUCCCCUAUUGAUGUUGUGGUUGAUGUUGCACUUCUUUUUAAUAUUGGGGCCAAUAUCAAAGAAAGAGUAGCAGCCAUCAUGGAAAUAAUUCUGCACUAACAGUGAUGCAUAAUGUUGUUUGUAAUUCUUUGUGUAUUACAUGUGCUUGUUUUGUACUACUGGCAAUUAUAGUUUAAUUUUAUAAUUAUCUUACUCAGGAAACUAAUGCAUAAAACAUUAAUUAAGAAAAUAAUAAUAAUUUGGACCCCUGUUGUGACUGGUGGGAGGAUUAUGAAGUAUAAGUAGACUAUAGCUUAUGGAUAUAAAAUAUGUCCUCUAUUUUAGAAAUAGCCCCCCCCCAAAAAAAAAUUAAUGAAACCGAAGAAACUACUGAUUUUUUUUUUUAAUUUACUGUAGCUAUUUUUAUUUCUAUUAUGUUAGCUACAAAAUAAACAAAUUAACCUUGAAAGAUAUUUUUACGAUAAAUAGCUUACAUGACUAAAACUUUUUUUUUUUGCUGCCAAAUUGUUAUAACAUUUCUUUUAAAGCCAAACUCUGGAAAGAAGGUGUUGCAUAUAUAUUAUGGAGCGGGGGGUCUUGUUUUUAAAGCUAGAAAUGGGUUGAAUUGAUUGAAGUAGUGCUUUUGUAUAUUUAUUAGCAAAUUAUCUUAACAUUAUUUUAGUGUAAAUAUAUUCAUUGUGCUGCUGUGUUAUAAGGAAUAUACUGUGGAAUGGAACUACAAUGCUUACUGAUAGGAAUUACCUAUGUACUGGUUAGAGUGCGAUAUGAAGUGAAAUCAAUUAAGAAAACUGGUAAAAAGACUAAUAAAAAAAAAAAACUCUCUCAAGCCUCAUCCCCAGAAAGAGAAUGACACAUUUAAUUUGCACUCACAGAGCCAAAACUCCAGGAAUAGCGGCAGGCAUUAUGUAAAUUAUAACUACUCUAAACCUACAUAAUGGUACAGAAGGCAAACUGGGCUCUUUCAGCUUGUCAAAAACAGCUAUAUAUUAACAUUUCUUAUUACUUAAAAUGUUUUGCUUUAGUCUGAUAAUGAUACUUCCCUUGAAAGUUUUGUUUUAAAGUGGUACUAACCAAGGCUUUGACCCUGACAUAGCAUCUUUAUUAAAAAUGUCUAAGGGUUUUGUAUGUUUUAGUUUAGUGAGUUCACUUCCUGUGUUACAGGUACAGUAAUAUGAUCCCCUGCCUGCUUCACAUACAGGUAAUGACACUGUGGGGUGUCAUUACCUGUAACAAGUAAGCAAAAACUAAUUGUUGCUUCAAAAAGUGCUUUUGUUUUUAGAUUGUGUGAUGAGGCUUUGUUCCAAACCAUGCAGUUGUACAUAUUUACAUAUUUACAUGGUUUGGAAACCUUUUCAGGCCAUUCAGAGCACUUGUUCCGCUAUGUUAUAAAGGAUAUUGGCUUUUAGCGCUAUAACAGGAAAAAUGGUCUUCAGUAGAACCAUAGUGAAAAUAAAGUUUAACAGAAGUUCAGGCGAAUAGGAGAAUUUGGGGGCAAAUGUUACUAUGCAAAUCAGGGAAUAUAGGUUACACUUUAAAGGGCAUACAUAACAGUUUAAUAGCAUUGUAAUAACUACGAUUUCCUGCUCUUACAUGAUAACUACUGAUGGAAUAAAGGUAUUAUUACAUGGACGUGGCCAGUGUCAUGGUGUUACUAUGUAAUUAAAAAUGUUGUUCACAAAUGAAGUAUACCAUUGUUACCAUGUAGUUGUCGGAAUCAUUGGCAAUUAUUUGGCUGUUACAAUGUGAUUACAUGACUAUUCAUGCACUAAUAUAAAGUAUGACCUGAAUGGGGAGGGGGUAGAUAAUAAAAAAAUAAAUAAAUACACUCUUGCAUAGUAACUUUAAGUUACUGUAGAAACUCUUUGGUCAGGUAAAUCACUAAAACAAUUACUAGCACAGCUGUACCUUGAACAUGAGAAUAUUAACAAAGUGUAUUACUACUUUUCUAUUUGUAUCCACAUCUGUGUCAGAAAUCAACAAACCUCAAAAGGGUUAAUGGCAAAUUGGUUUAACGAAUAGAUGCACAAACAAGGGCAUUUUAGUUUUGCAAUGAAGUUAUGAAGUUAAGAUCUCCUUAUGAUCAUAUUCCAUUUCAGUAUCAUAGGGAUUUAUUAAUUAGUAAUUGUAAUAUGAGUAUUUAUUGUUAAUUGUUUUUAGUGAUGGAAUUGAUAGAAUCUUUACUAGCAAGCAAGCUGAACUAAUGAAAGACAAGAAAGAUCAACUAUACUCUAUCAGUCAUAUAUUGUUUUCACAACUUUUUGUCCCAUGAAUUAAUUGUUCCUUUAGGACAGACAGAGUGAUGCAGUGGCAUGAGGGUAGUACAGUACUUCAGCUUUUCAUUCCAGCAAGACUGCAUUGAAGGCUAAACUAUGAAAGAAUGUAGUAAAUGGAGCCCAAUGUUUUUUUUUUUUUAAAAUGAACACAAUUUUGAGACGCUGCCACUUUAAAUUAGUGAAAUUAAAUUGUAACUCUAAGCAAAGAACUGUACAUACAAAAGGGCUAGUAUGUAUUGUUUAGGCAUAUAUUUUUAGUUCAGUAUUUACCUGUAUUCUGUACUUAUCCAGGAUCUGCUUGGAAUGUCAAGGCCCCUAAAGACCAUAGUUGAGUUUCACUCAUAUUGUACAUUGUGAUUCUGUUCCAUAAAAAUUACAUUUAAUUAAAAUUGGAUUGUGAUUAAAUUUUGUGAUGGAUCAUGAAUUUCAUAUUUCUCCAAGCUCUUUAAAGAGUAAUAACAAAGGCAAUCACUGAUCCAUGUUCUUUUCGUUGUUUGCUAUUUUAUUUUGGCAAAAAAAAAUAAAUCUUUAGCACAACGAGUGGAUCAGUAAGAUGGAUUGUAAAUAUUGAAUACUUUGUAUUGAAAGUAGUGAAGUGACCUUUUGCAAUUGUCAGUUUGGGGCAUCUAUGAGCAAGUUCAGAGCUCAAGCUAACAUUCAAAUCUUCUAUUGCAGCUAACCCACACACCAGUGCACAGGGGGAUCAGAGGAUUACAGUAUAUGUGAACCGGUAAUCGUCGAUGCAACUUAUUUCAGAGGCUAUUUAUUUGUAGUCUUUUUAUUGUAUUGUUUUAUAUCAUCUCUUACUUUUGUUUACAAUAAAUUCUAUGUAUCUUACUGGUUUACUGUUUUCAUAUACCUAGAGAAGUUAACUUCAUACUGUAUACUAGUGUAGGUGUUAUUUGGUUAACAUAUUCUCCCUCCCUGAAAUGAGUUAGUCCAUGUUUUGUCCCAGACCAAGACACGUUAUUAUGUACAGCAUAUGCACGGCAGUUAGGCUCUAAGGGCACGAGAAUAGGUUUAUACCUUUGUUAAUUGUUUUUGCUGUGAAUGAUAUGAGAACUUUCCCUGUGUAUUUUGGUGUUAGCAGUCACUGCCAUGUGGGCAAUUUAACAUGCAUCUGGUUUUAAAUUUCCAAAUGAGCAGGUAGUGCACCGAAGCACUUUAGUAAUUUUGGGACUGUACUGGAUCUGUAAAGUAUCACACAGAUCAGAGCUUGACUUUAACUUUGCCAUGAAACAUUGUAGACUGGUGGCGCAGACCCUGAUUAGCACUGAUACGAAUCUAUAGAAACAUUCGUACUAACCUGGGCUCUGUGAGUCAUUAAGCUUCAUUGGUUCCAAAGUUAGUGUUUUGUCAAAUUAUGAACAAUAGUAGUAAUAUGAAUACCAAAAUGAAACCUAUUUAAACUGUGUUAAAUCUGAGCCCUGGUAUUCUUGCUUAACGUGGUUUCUGGAAGAAAUGGUGUAUUGCAUCCCUUAAACUUUUUUCUUGAAUGUUUUCUUUUUUGAUCUCAUAGUCUUUGUCCCAGUUAUGUUCUUUUUUGUUUUGUUUUUGGAUUGUAUCUGUAUUUUUUUCUUUUCAUUUUUUUUUUUUAUCGUGGAAUCACAGAGGAAAGUAUUUGUGUGUAAUUGCUGUUUCUUGUAAUACAAUGGAAUUAACUACAUUUAACUAAUGUUAUUGCCUACUUUUGUAAAUUAAAUAAAUAUGAUAAAUGAUAUUUAGAUAAAAACAUAAUGCCUGUAUAUUCGGCUAAUUUAAAUUACUAAUUAAAAAUUGCUCCACAAAAAAA